CAACGAUACAAAGUUCGAUCCAAAAAAAUCGGAGUUUUAAAUCCACCAGCAAACCGGGAAAAAAAAGGAGAAAGACGACAGAUGAGUAUUAUUUGACGUAUCACAUCAUGUGUUCACUCAGAACUUUAUGGAAAUGUGUCGUCCUUUCUGAGAAGCCGCACCGUGCGCUGCGGUGCAGCUCCGCGCGGUUUUACUAUAAAACCGUCAAGACGCGGUUCCGCUCACCGGCCGCGGCGGCUCGCGUGCGGGUGGUGGACCUCCGCAGCGACACGGUGACCAAACCCGGAGCAGCGAUGCGACGAGCCAUGGCGGAGGCGGAGGUCGGAGACGACGUGAUGGGAGAAGAUCCGACAGUUAAUGAGUUGCAGAAAAUCACGGCUGAUAUGUUUGGAAUGGAAGCAGCACUGUUUGUUCCGUCUGGAACCAUGAGUAAUCUGAUCGCAGUCAUGGUGCACUGCAGGGAGAGGGGUGAUGAGAUGAUUGUCGGCGAUUUGUCCCAUUUGCACAUCUAUGAACAAGGAGGGAGCGCACAGCUGGCCGGCGUGCACGCCACCACCGUGAACACAUUUCCCGAUGGAACGUUCGACUUGGAGCAGUUGGUGACAAAAAUCCGUCAUGACUAUCCUGACCCCCACUACCCCCGCUCACGCCUCAUAUGUGUGGAGAACACUCACAAUAUCCUGGGAGGACGUGUGCUGCCUCUGUCCUUUCUGACGGAGGUGCGUGCAGUAGCAGACAAAUACAAUCUGUCGGUUCACAUGGACGGAGCCAGAGUGAUGAAUGCCGCUGUGGCACAGGGGGUGCCUCCUUCCACCAUCCUGCAACACGUACACACUGUCAGCGCCUGCCUCUCUAAGAGUUUGGGUGCCCCUGUGGGUAGCAUGCUGGUCGGACCCAAAGACUUCAUAUCCAGGGCAGUACGAUGCCGUAAAGCUCUCGGUGGAGGAAUGCGCCAAGCUGGCAUACUAGCAGCAGCUGGAAAACUGGCUCUGGUUGAGAUGGCAGGAAGACUAGCAGAAGAUCACCACAAUGCAAAGACCUUUGCUAAAGCACUGACAGAUUGUGAUCCUGAUCUGUUUGCCGUCGACAUGGCAGCUGUAGAGACGAACAUCCUUCGUUUUAGUAUACAGGAACCUCGCCUGAGUCCCUCAGACUUCUGUACCUACAUGUCCCAGGUUGGUGAGGGAGAAGAGGCUGCAUUGGGGCAGGUGGUGCAAGUGCUCAUGUUCCCUCAUUUUGGAAACUCUGUCCGGGCUGUGUGGCAUCUGGGGAUAUCCCCCGAAGAUACCCAAAUGGCGAUCCAAAAGCUGCACUUUGUGAUUGAGCAGUACUUAAAUAAAAAACUUUAAACCCACUGAAA